AUGAGAGAUUAUAUGGACAGGCGGGUUACCUCACCUACCUGGGGUCCCCCACCUCCUUGUAAACAGGCCCUAAUUCAUUAUGUUUCUAACGUCUCUAACGCAAUCUACGCGUCCUUAUGCGCAAUGAAACUCGAGAAAUUACCUGUGAAUGACAAUGACAAUGAAAAUGCUUCGUGUUAAACAAAAUAUUAUGUAGCCCAAACAUCAUAUCAAUCGUUGCAAACAACGAAACUGAACUUUGAAAACCUGUUAGGUGAACAAGUUUUCAAAAACCACAAUUGCAAUCCGUUUCAAUUUUCUUCAAGGUUGUCCAAUCCAGCAUCCCUUUGUGUGAUUUGCUGUGCCAUUUAUUCUUUCCUCUAACUUUUUUGAGCGAUUAUUUCAAAGUUUCUCUUGAUUUGGUGGAAGUUCCCACUGUUUGAAUUUUGAUUAAUUUUGUGACUCAAUCACUUUAAAAUUUCACCUUUUCAUUAUAAAACAAAACUCAACGAUAUAAAAGAAACUUGACGUUUAGGAAAUGCGAAUGUGAACUGGGGGAAUACAUACCGCCUCCCCUUUCUGUGUACAACAGAAACAAAGUUACGAGUGUACAUGUUCCAAUUCAUGUUCCUCCACAGACGAAUAGCAACAAACGACUUGCUCUUUAAAAUCGGCCUAAAACAAGCAGACUCCUGUUCUUUCUGCGGGGAAUUUACUGAAACCCUUGCCCACUUGCUCUUGUAUUGCAGUUACACUCAGAAAUUCUGGAAAGACAUUUAUCAAUGGAUAACUCAAAACACCACCUUAAACAAAUCCAUUGCCUUCUCUCCUCUUAUCUGUCUUGGACUAAUUGAUAAUAUCUCUGAUUUAUUACUACAUCACCUUUUCCUUAUCGCCAAACGAUAUAUUUACACAUGUAAGUUAAAUAACUGUAACCCUGCGCUACAGGUUUAUAUACAAACCGUUAUGAACUCCAUGGAAAUUGAAAAAGAGAUUGCCUCUAAUAAUAACAAUAUGUCCUCCUUCAAAAACAAAUGGAGCCCCCUUAAACUUUGCCCCUCGGACAAAUAAACUUGCUGUUAUUAAAUAAUUCCAAAAGUUCCAAAAGCUAAAAGUGAUGCAGAAACAAAUGCAAAUGCAAAUCACCUUUUAGUUGGUAGGACAGACUCUUUAUGCUUUUGUUGUAUCGUGUUUUAUUUUGCAAUUUUGCAAACAGUAGUCAGUUUUGUAAAAUUUUUUUGUAACAUUGUAUUUUUCCUUUAUCUCUUGUACGUUGUUGUUAUUUUUUCUCCAUGUAAAUGUAAGUAUUGUCAUUAGAAGUGUUGUAACCAAAUAAAUGUUAUUAUUAAAAAAAAAAAAAAACUUGACGUUUCGAUAGCUUCGUGUCAUCAUUAUCAAAAGAUAACAAAUUAACAUGAUUGCGUGCAAAAAGUGCAUGUAAAAUUUAAGCGAGAAAAUGAACAAGCAUUAAUUAAAUAAACAGUUUGUCCGCUUGAGUGUUUAGCACGGUCCUUUUAUCUCGUAACAAUAACAUCUCGAAAAUCAGACACUCUAGUUUCCCUUUCUUGAGGAUUUUAAGAUGGAAUCCAUCAGGAAAUUGAGUAAUUUUAAUUUUCAAUGGAAAAAACCUUGUACAAGAAUAGUUUGUAUAAUUAAAGAAUAUUGCAUUCUCUUUUACAUUUUUCAUAGUAAUUAGUUAUCUGUAAUAACACCAAAGAAAAUUUCUUAUGGGAGCCCAAGAAAAUGAAUGUCAAAUUUCACAAAAUUACAUCUUACACAUAAAAUUUUUAUAAUUUUACCUGUAUUUUCACUAUUCUUGUGAAAUUUGACAUUCCUUUUCUCGGUCUCUGAUGGGAAAUUUUCUUUGGUAUUAUUACAGAAUUUUUUUGUUUUUAAUCUGUUGCCAGGUUUUUUUCAUUAUUAUUCUUAUAGAUGUUUUACAACAGUUGCAAAAAAAAAAUAGAAUGAAGGAAGAAUGGAGAAAAAAUAAAAUAAAAGUAAAUACUGAUACAAUGUUAUUACAGAUGACUAAUUACAUCUUUUGAGCCCUUGAAAAAUGUAAAAAGAAUGCAGUUUUCUUUAAAUUAUUCUGGUACAAGGUAUUUGUCCACUGAAAAUUAAAAUUUCUCAAUUUCCUGGUGGAUUCCGUCUUAAAGUUUUCACCAGGGUUUACCCGCUUCACUCCGUAACAUUACAAUGAGAAACCUUUCAUUUACCCAAUAGAAACAGAAGCAUGUGUCAUUACAAGUCCACUCGCCCUUGCCAGUUCGCCCUGGCUUGACCAAUUGAAUUUAAAGACAUCCUUAGUAAAAGAAAGAUUGCAACAACUGCGUUUACAUCAGUAGGUUAAGGAUGAUCGUCCAGGUGAACGUAGUCCUGAAUAGGAAUCACUCACUGCCGCCAUUGACAGUGCGGUAGUCAUCUUCAGAGUCAGUGUUUAGAGUCAGAGUCAAUCUUUAAAGUCAGUCGUCAGUCUUCUUUGACUCUGAAGAUGGCUACCGCACAGGUUGUCGAAACGUCAGUCACAGUCAACAACAACAGUCCUAUUCAGGACUCACCCUACUAAUGAAAUGACUCCUAGGUUCAAACCUUUCACAAUUGCCUUGGAGUCAAGUCUCAUGGCUAGAUCAUGUUAAGGCAUCGUUUGUAUAAGAAAGGAGCUCUGUAAAAGCGUAAUGUAAAAGAUGACGUACCUUUCAAAUACUCGAAAUAAUUUAUUUUCAGCCCAUUUUUUUCUAGUAUAACAUAUAUUAAAUGCAACUCCAGAAUACUGAUAACUGAUUGUACAAAUUAUUAAGCUACACUAUCUUUUACAGUCCGUCGGCCUCCAGCUACAUAUCAUCCGGAGCCUACGCAAAUUCAGAGUCACACCCUUCAUCUCGUUAUCACCCGUUCGUGCGUAAGGCCGAGUUUUAGGCCACCACGAACUCUUUGGCGCGCAUUCCUCUCGCUUUCCCGCGAAAAGGUGAAUCUGUUUCCACGCUCGACCAUACACAACCCAAAAUGGACCUGUUCAUUACAUGAGAUUUCAAACAAAGGUCUAAAUUUCACUCGAAGUUGAAAUAGUGGAAGAAGAGCAAAUUCAGAAAAUAACGCACGUCUUUUCCAAAAAGUUAAACUUUAUUUUAUAAUAGAGUAGUAAGAGCAAAUUACAAUUAAAAACGGAUUAAAUAAGUAAGCUUCUGGAGCUGGCUUUAUUACACUGUAAAAGACGACAGUAAGCAAAGGGCGAUUUCUGCCCGGGAAGGUUACUCGCUAUGAUGGCCGGCGCCUAAACGGGGAGGCUCCGCCCGAAACGGUUAUAUUUUUCUGGUUUCAGGAAUAUGAAAAGGUAGAAAAUUCAUGAAUUAAGGUAUAUGAAAUGGCAGGGAAACCUUUCAUGUAAGUAUUAACGGAAGCCUUUGAUUAAAAUAUUUCGAACUUUUCACCUUGUGGAAAUAUCAUUAGAAUUCAUUAAACUACUGUUGUUAGGCAUAUAACAUAUGAGCACAAUUCUUUCAUUGGAAGGCUUACAAACUAAGUACCUUAUUUCGCCAGAGCAGAGUUGUUCAAAGCUGGGUUAAGGUAACCCAGGGUUAGUGCAAAAUUUGAAAUCAGAUUUGAAAGCUUAAAAAGCAUAUUCACUUAAAUUCUUUUUAUCUACAAUACGAUAAUUGGAUGAUCUUAAAAGAAUAGAGAAAAUUCUCCGAGAAAAUGCUUCUGAAAAAAAGCAAAAAAAACCCGGAUUAAAAUUUAACCUCGGGUUAGCACUAAUCGGCCUCCGAACAACUGGGCUCUGGGCCGAGUUGUUCAAAGCUGGGUUAAGAUAACCCAGGGUUAGUUCGAAAUUUGAAUUCAGAUAUGAAAGCUUAAAAAGCAAAUUGAGUUUAAUUUUUUUUGUAAACAAUUUGAUGAUUGGCUACUCUAAAAAGAAUAGAGAAAAUUGCCGGAGAAAAAUGCUUUUGAUGAAAGAAAAAGAGACCCAGGUUGAAAUUUAACCCCGGGUUAGUGCUAAUCAGCCUUCGAACAACUGGGCCCAGAAGUUUAGGCUUGGACCUCGGCGUGGAGCCCCCUCAAAUAAAAUAUUGUUGAUUUUCCCCUUCCCCCCACCCCACCCCGAAGAUUUCUUAACUCCCUUCUGCUAAUUUCAACUUAUAACCUUUUUUUCUCUAUUAUUAUUUGUCAGAAAUAUGGAUAUAAGAGGGUUCCAUUCUUUUACAGUCAGGUAUCCGGAGUAUUGAAGGUACAAAGAAAUACCAAGUCAAACGUCAUGCACAUAUAAACCUAUUUUGUAUAUUGUUUACGUUUGUUAAAAAUAAAGGAUCCGAACCGUUAGGGUGCUUCCAAUUUACAGCCAGGAAUUUAGCAUCAUCGGGUAAACCAGAUUUUUGACUGAUGAGCUGGAAGGGAUUCCAACCGGUUGGGUCGACUCUCUCGUCCCGUUUGACUUUCCUUUCGAACUUAUUUGCAGGGCUACUCUUGCAGUCUUUGCCUGGCAUUAGUUUCUGAAACCAAAUUAGUAAAAGGAAUUUGUGGUUAAAUUUUAUUGUAGUCUACAAAGUGCUUCCUUCUUUCAAAUUAAGAUAUCGACAGCAAUUAAUAAAGUUGAUUACUAUAAUUAUCAUCGUUAUCUUUAUUAUUAUCAUCUUCAUCACUCUCCAUGAGGUUCCAUUUAGUUUUCUCCAACGAAUACUCCACGUUCUUAGACAUUAUGAAUGACAAAAGAAAAAGAAAAAUAAUAAAUAUAGCUAUUAGAGCAAUCCAUUAGUACAUCUUUGAAGUUUGAAAUAGGAAUUGGUAUAGCCUUAAUUGCCUAUACGUAGCGAGAUUUACUUUUAUACAUUCAAAAAGACAAAUAAAGUUUCCAUCAUUAUUACUAACAUUCAUCAUCACUUACCUGGAAAACUACUUGAUUAGGUGAGAUGACUUUCAAGGCAAAGUUCGAUCCAUUGUAUUUUAUUUGAAAACAAACCACAAGAGGAGUCCCAUUGCCCACUCUCAGCAUGGUGAGUUCUUCAAAAACAAAAAGAAAGAAAGCUUAAAAUUGGAGGAUUUUUUUAUUGUCUUUUCCAGGAAUUUAAAAACCUGAAAAUUCUUGUUGCGGUCAGUCAUUUGCUUUUUUGUUUUGAAGCCAAAUAGUAAUGAGUAAAGAGACAGGGUUCUUGAAAUUGCAUGUAACGAAGGUUAGUUUUGCCGAAACGGUAUGUUGGGAAAAUAAAUUAUACCCAUCGAUAACUUUUCCGACCAGCCUUACCUUCCAUUAAAAGUACAUAAUUUUUACAUGAAUCAGAAGCUACUUGCGGGAGUGAAAUGAGACAGUCACCUAAAAUUACAUCCGUUUGCUGAACAAAUACUCUGAGUAUUUUCUCUAGGAAGCUUUCAUUUUUGCCACAUCCCUGGAAAUUAAAUGAAAUGCGUACGAUAUAUUUCUUGCUGAUCCUUACAGAUUUCAAUAUGCAUUCGUUAUCUAUGGUAUGUGUAGUUUUUGCCUCUGGCCCGUUGCGAUGCUAUACAUGUACCUGAUAACUGAAGCAGGGUUAUGGACAACCCCAAUAUUUUUUAGCCUAGUUUAUGGUAAUGUGCAUAAUGUUUUCAGUUGAGAAAUUUUAUAGAAUAUCAAGAACUUGAUAAGAUGAUGAGGAUAUAACUCCAAGCCUAUCAGUUUUGUAAUGUUACCCUCUCUCGCUUUCUUCCUAACUUCCAAGAGUAAAUUAGAAUUGAUGAUGAGUACCAAAAGAGUUGGCCAGUGUUGAAAUCAGUCUCUUUAAACAUGAUAGAACACAAUUGUUGUCUAAUUUUAGCUCCUAACUUUUGUGGUGAACUUAUCAAAACCUAAUAAUAAUUAUUCCACAAAAAUGGAUACAUCUACAUUAUGCAGCCCAACUUGAUCAAGCUGUUUAAUAAACUUGCAGUUUCGUAUUUUAUCACUGCUGGUUUUAACUUACUCGACCGCGUCUCGCGUUCGGAUCAGGAUAGAAAACUCUAUUUACUUUUAAAAUAAUGGUAACAGCUCUAGAAUUCGCUGUCUCACUUACUGGUGUUAGGUGAAUUGUAAUGUCCGUUGCCAGACGCCAUACACGUGGUCUGAUUCUGAUUACAACUGUGAAUUCUGACGAGGUAGCCGCUCGUAUGUGGCGGAGUGGUCGGUUUCCCAGGUGACUCAAGAGGGCACUGAUAACCUUCCGUUAAGCUGAGUUUACUGCUAACGGCCACAGUAAGGAUCUAAUAUAGAAGAAAAUAAAUCCUCAAACUUAUCAAUGGAUGUAAAUAGGACAUCUCUACCAUGAAGAAAUACUUCAGAAUAAAUAAACCUAAGACAUCGGGAUCUUGAUAAGCUAAAAGAAGAGGGAAAUUUAACUUUGAAAUUUCUCUAAGAGUGCUUUGGUUUCUUCAUUUUCUCAGUUUUGUGUUAGAGAAAAAUUCAGGUGCAAGCGUCGGACCGGAUCAACUGCGAACGCAAGUCAGCUGGUCUGGGUCGGGUCAAAUCGAAUUAACCAGUUCAACAGGUUAACAAGUAAAAAUCCAGAUGGUACAGAUGUAUACUAAUCAGGAGGAGGGGGGUGGGGGGAGAGACGAGAAGCAAGAGGUGAACGGGCAGAGGAAAUCCGAAAUGCUUAAAAAAAAAAUAAUAUCAGGCAUCUUUGUUUUUCUUCAAUAUCGUAUUUGUCUUUCGGUACUGAAAUUGCGGGGGAAACCAUGCUAGAUCUUAACCAACAACAAUGCUCUAGAUCAAUUUAUAGGUUACAUCGUUUUUGCCGGGUAAGAAUAACUUGAUGCUGAUAAAAAUUACUGGAGAAAGUGUCAAAUUCAUCGGAAGCAACUAUAUUCAGAGAGCUUUAUAAAUAUGAGCUUACAGUUCUACAAUCAUAACUUAACAUUCACACUUCAUAACAUUUCACUUCGUUCAUUACGAUCAGUCAACACCUUGAAUCCAAAGUUAACAUUCAAAACGAUCCUAAUAAACAAAUCACAACUACUACUGAAAGCUCUGUACCUUGAAGCGACUUUAACUUUCCUAAGGUUUGCAGCAAAACGCUGCUCGAUAGCUCAACUCUUCGGCGGUUCUUAUCAGCUGUACGGAGCUAUAUGUUGCAUAUUCCAAACUUGUUUAACAGAAAAAGAAAACCACACACUAUGUCUGAAAAGCGACAGGAAAUCAAUAAAUUUGCGAAUUACCAAAAUGUAAUAGUGAGAAACAGUCCCGCCUUCGACCGCAUGUUUUUGUUUCUUUUAAAGACCGUGGGUCUAUGGAUUUUGACGUAAUGCGCAUGAUCAGUACACAAAUCCGCUGCCAAGACACUUGCUGAUCGCUUUGCAAGUUGUGAGAACAUCGUUUGGAUUUCAUUUAAGAGAAUGUACUGAUACUAAUACUGUCUUUCUUAUUCUACAGAGCAAGGCAAAAUCUCCAACCAGUUUAAACGAUACCGUCUAAAGUCCUUUAAAAACUAUCGAUGGCAAACAAUCAAAUUCUUAGUAAUUCUUCCCUUCUGUACCUGUAAAUAAAAAAGGGAACUUUGAAUCUUAAAAGUAAGAACGCUAUUGUAUUUAGACUGCUCACAGUCCCUUAUUUUUCCGUGAGAUCGUCGAGAUAUAGCAUGAACAGUCUAUAUUGUUCUCAUAAUUAAAAAACGUAGGGAGAGGUUGUUUAGUUUUAAAAAGAAGUGUACGGAAAAUUGCACAAAAGCCUUGUCCUUUUAUAGGGUGGAGUUUCUUGUUAUCGUGACUCGACUGAAUAUAAAACACUAAUUAAAACCAUUUUUCCUAAACUCCCUCUAUUUUGAGGCAAAAAAUUCUGACUUUUGAAAUAAACUGAUGAUUUCUGUAUCCAGGGGGACGGAAGGGGUUUUUUUUCUGUUGGUGCAAAAGAAUGAAGUGAUUAAAAGGUAAUUAAGAGACCAAUAGUGCUACACGAUUACGUUUGGAAUUAAAACUGAAUAUCGUAAAUUACUACUUGUAUUUGGCCACCAAUGAAUUGGAAGAAAAAUGGUGCAUUGUUCCAUUUCUCGCAUGGUAUAGUCUCCAGGGACUUCAUAUUGUCACCUCGUUUCCUUUACGCUCGUAGUAUCUUGCUGUGCCGCGUUUAUUUUGGCCCUAUUUGUGGCCGAUUCGUUGUUUUUCAAAACGAAUUCAUUGUACCCAAUCAGAAUGCCGGAUACGCUUUAUCUUGCCCACUCACCCAUUUACCCAUAUAAUAAAAAUGUAUACUCACUGCGAAAAGAGAUCUCACGUCCAUCACGUCAAUUUGAUCAGAUGUAAUUAUAAGUUGUCUUGAACAGGAUCAGUUUAUAUCAAGACCCAUUAUGGCUCUCGUUUAUAUACACUAAAGUCGUGAGCCUAGAGGGUCACCCGUUGUAUAACAUGUUGCGAGAGGUUAAGAAUACCAGGUAUUAUCUCAGAGAAAAGUCAGCCGUGGAUCCUAAAGUAAAUGGGUUCUGGCCUAAGGGUUAAAACAUUGCUAAUUUCUCCGCCCCACGGGCCAAGUAGUUUGUUAUAAUCUUGUGCUUUAUAUGACCCAAAUGGACUGAAAUUCAGCCCUCCACUCCAUCAAGCGAAUAUGGGAUUUUUGUCUUUACUUCAGGGGCACGCAACGACCAUUUUCGGAAAAUAUCUGUUCGGAAGACGAUUUGAUAUCUAGAAUUCUCGGAACAUUUUUUGUAAAAUUUCUUGCUUGCCUGCCUCGCCUAGGAUUUUCGAACAUCUAAAAAAUGGUAUAAUUGCCUAUUUUUAACGGAUUUUUACCCUAAAAAGGUCACCUAGAAUUUUCGGGAGCCUUCCCCGCCCCACGGGCCAAGUAGUUUGUUAUAAUCUUGUGCUUUAUAUGACCCAAAUGGACUGAAAUUCAGCACUCCAUGCCAUCAAGCGAAUGUGGAAUUUUUGUCUUUACAAUCUGAAACAACGGCCAACGACAAACGUUAAAACUGAAAAUGUACGAAAAAAUCAUCAGAUGAGUGAUAACUCUGUGACAGUCCCUCUAAAAUGUAUCUAUUCAAAAUCAAGACACUAACGUUUUUACGGCUUAAGCCAAUGAUGGAGUCAUGUAACUUUGUUACAACUUUUGAGUAAAAUUGUGACUGUUCGAAUGAAAACACCUUAGUUUGCAAACGUUUAAUUGCAAAUUAACACCAUUUAUACAUUAUUAUAAUAGUACCUUAAGAAUUUGGCCUGAAUUUUAGACUUGUUAAAUUGCUAUGUUUGGCAUCCUGCUUUUGAUAGCAUGAACUAGUUUGACUGCAAAACGGUUUUUACAGCGAGGCUGUCAGAAAAAUACGUAAUCUGGAUGUAGGUUCAGGUAAAUUCAGUCCAAAUGAGACACUUCUUAUAAAAGGUUUUAAAUGUUAUUUACCACUAUUUUGUAUUUACUACUUGUUUUAAACUUUUGAAAUCCACUGAGAGAAACUGUUUGAAAAAAGUAACAGUGGAAGAAGCUUUAUCUAUAGUACUAUAUACCAAGUGCAGAAAGAUAUCUCAAGUCCUCAUUUUCAUCAUUUUGUUAAGCAGGGUUGAUAUACACCAAAGCAGGAGCCAAGCUCCUGAUUAAAGUUAUUACCUAGAGGGUCACCCGUUGUAUAACAUGUUGCCGGGGGAGACUUUGCUUUGCUCAUUCUUAAAAUAAACAAGGAAUUGAAACAAUCUUUGGAAUCCAAAAACCGGGAUCACAUCAAGAAGCUGGGAAGAAGUUAUUUUCAGCUACCUUUUACUGAAGUUUAAUUUGCAGACCACACAGAGACACCUAUAUAUUUUAAUAAUUGCUCCGUUACCUUUAGCCACUCAUUGUCUGAAAAUUAAUGACAGGAUGUUCAAACUAUCUAGUUAAGUUACUGGUUUAACUCCAAUAUUUUCCGCUAAGAAACCAAUUUGAGAUUGGGAGAUUUAAAAUUUGUUAUAAAUUGAUUCAUAAUUAAAUCGACUUUUUUGUGUGUCCUUUGCUUCAUAAGUUUGUAAAGGUAGGUUUCUCUAAUAGCGUCGUGUUUUCAAUGAUCGAGGUCCCGGAAAUGUACACGAAGCGUGGUAACUUUGCAAUAUUACGGACAAUUUUGCAAAUAAAGAAAACUAAGAAUUCACUGCUAUCACAGCAAUUAUUUUAUAAAAAUAUGAAAAUCAACUAGGACUCUUACAGUGCAACUACUGUAACCGGGGCACUUAGAGAAAGUUUACCAACUGGAUUACAGGGGAAAAUAAAUUGAUUCCAAGAAAGUUGGUGGUCGGCCAAUCAGCAGCUCGUAAAAAAACAAUAAGUUAAUCGAAGCACAAAAUGUAAUAUUGAUAGCAAACGUCUUUCACGAAAACAAAAUGUUUCACCACAACGUUUUUCUUUUCUUUGACAAAAGCUCUUAUUUUGUCAUCUACCGGCAAUUUCUUCGCUCGUAUGACGGUUUUCAGACUCAGUUAACACCAGGAAAACGCUUGUUCUACUGGUGUUAACCGGACCGUUAACGCACGGUUAAUACAUGCAAAACACACGGAAAACAUACGGUUAACACAUGAGGAACGGAUUGUAUUCCGUUGUUCACCGCCGUUUUCCAGUGACUUAACAUCGCGUUUUUUGGUGUUUUCUGGUGUUUUCAAGUGGCAAAACAAAGAAUUCACAGACGUUUUCCGUCAUUCUGCGCGAGUUUUGUAGGGUUUUCUGGGGCAGCGAACUACUAGAAAAUGCCAGGAAACAGCAUGUUCCCCAACGUUCACCCAUCGGUUAAUGAGAUGUUUUGCAUCGUUUCAAAACUUUUUUCUCCCGGAAAACGCGCCGUUUUCAGUAUCGCCGAAUGCGCUUAUUUUCGCGCAUCUUCUACGCUUCCAGUGUGAUCUUAUGCGGGAAUGUAACUUAGUCCUUUAUUCACUGGUGUUUUCGUUCAAAAUUUAACAUUCCUUGUUGCAGUUUUGUUUUUCCCGGCACCCGCCAUAGGUGCUUUAAACGACAAAUAAAUACUUCGAUUGCCUCCCCGAUAUCCCUCAAUGGAAACAAGUAAUGAAACGCUCUCAAUGUACUUCUGAACUCUUUAUUAUCAGCAACUCAACUCAUCGUCUGCAGUACAGAAUGCCUCUAAUUGAUUAUGACCACUCCACAGCAAACUAAAACUACCAUUUAUAAAAAUGCAUUCAAUCGCAGAUAAGAUAUUUACAAAAUUCUAUGCUAUCAAAUGAAUAUGGUCAGUACAAUUCAGAAAACUCUUGACAAUAUAUCUACUGAUAACCAACUGACCCAAAUAAGAACACUCGGGAGAUAUCGAUGCUAACUUAUGACACGAGUAAGGCAUGUACAGAUUAAUUUCAGUCGACAUUCCACUUACAUACAAAUUGUUUUCUGUAGUAAAGUUUCUAUUUAUACUCAAAAUUCUAUUCAAUACGAGCACAUAUUGACUUUAAUACAAUACUGUUUCCAAGGUCAAAAUGAAGUUGAUCCACUCUCCAAGUGUGCUCUUAUUGAGUGGAAUUUUGAGUGUAUUUCCUUUAAGGAUAAGCACUCUCUCGGUUUGCUGGUGAAAAUCACCUGGAAUAUAUUUAAUUGGUAAUAUCCAACUAGUGGUCUAUUAUCAAUGUCACAUUCUGAUUGACUGAGCUACUACUAGGCCCACUACAGCUGUAGUAGCGAAAAGCGCCGGCUUUGAAAACCAAAACAAUGGCGGCUGAACCGUGUUUUUGCUAGCUAAAGUUGUUUUGUUUCGAUAUUUUGGACCAACUAGUUGGAUUUUACUAAAACAAUAAAUUAUUCCUCUCGCCCUCAUGUCCUCUGAGUCAAUAGCCCAUUCGGGCUUGAGGAAUAAUUGUUAAAUAUAUGUCGACCAGUGGAAGCCCAAAUGACAAUAGCACACUGUUAAAGAAAUUUCAAGUGUCAUAUUUGUUCUGAAAUAAAUCUUGAAACAAGGUUUUCCCUGAUCUACUUUUAAAAAUGUAUUGAAGCUCCACUGUUAUCAAGCAUUGAAAAAUGAAAAGAACUACAAUUUAAUGGCCCAGAGCAAUGACUCAGGAACUUCAUUAUGGCCUCUUGAACUUGGAGGACCAACCCUUCUGUUAACAGAUUGCCUUUUUUGAGAGAUUUCAUGUGAGGAAAACUCGGAGCCAUUGAACAAAAUAUUUAAAUUGAAACCGGCGCGAUUCAUUGACAUGAUUUUGGUUUGCUGUGUUUAAACAAGUCAAGCGUGACACAAGGCGUGUGCUGAAAUUUCCGUUUUGGCGGUGGAGGUCUUGCACUUGUACCUUCUUCAGCGGGUCGUUUCUUUUCAGAACUAUCGUCUUUGCCUUUUUUCUUUUUUACCGCCAUUGAAAAAUCCUCUUAUAUCCAUUAUGGAAUUUUGAGAAAAACAAAAGAAUUUGCAUCUGAAACAGCUUGACACAUAGUCAUUGUGGAAAUCCGACUUCCCAUGGGUUAUUCACCGGGAUGGGAAAAAAAUUUAAAAAUAAAAAUAAAAAUUACAAAAUUGACCAAGCCAACAUCAACGCUUGGCUAGGAAAAAAACUUUUGGGGCUAGUAACAUCUAACUUGUCACUAGCCACUAGACUAGUAAGUUGAAAAGUUAGUGUCGAGCCCUGACAACACACAAAAAAUUACCAAUCUGCAAAAACAAACUCCCACAAAAAAUUUGUGCCACACGGUACGGCAAGUUUUAGCCUAUCUUCCAGAGCUGUUCUCUUGUCCCUUCCAAGAAAGUUAGGUAGUUGUAUUCCGAAUUCCGAAUUUCACUAUUCCAGAUUCCACGCUGUAUACGUAGCUUACUAACAAAUCCUCGACUUGCAUUCAAUUUCGAGAUCAAUUCGUUACAAUACAUGCUAAAAGAAGUUAAAAUAGAUCUUACCCUAAUUGUCUUGAAACCGUCAGUUAAGAACUGGUGCUCCUUUUCCUCUUUCUAGACGCUUCUUCGGUCGAAAACUUUUCACACAGUUCGUCUACAGCUUAACGGUAAGUCUGUUGACGUCCUCUUCUUUCUUCGUUCUCUCGGCCACUUGCGCCCUCAAAACCUUGCUUCCCUUAAUCGUGGCUUGUAAUAACAAGAAGUAACGGUCAGAAAGAGCGAUUCCUUGGCCACGAUCGACCGCGGACAUGGCAGCAAAACAACAAAAACUCGAAAUUCCCGCCGCCUUCUACGAAAUGUGGCAAAAUUUUCUCACACGAAAGAAACGCGGACUUUGAGGUCAUGUGAUCUUGUUCUUUUGCGUCACUCGUGAUGUCGAGGCUAUCGAGCCCGGUUACCAGGGAAACAGAAAUGGUCUGUUCCAUUGCGUUUUCUCUAGCUUCGCGGACUCAAGGCAGAGAUAAGAAGAAGCCUCCGCAUGCAUUUUGCAUGCCUUGAGUUUGUUUUAAAAACAACGACGAUUACGACAGACCUCGAAUAAGUCUUAUCGUAUUCAGAAUUUACUGAACUGAGUUUACUGAGAAGUCAAUUUCCGUUGUAAUAUUCACAGACACCGGUUUCUUGGCAAAGUUGUUGCUGGUAAGAUAAUCAAAAUAAAGCUGAGGGAAUUCUUGGCAGGUAAUGUUUGGACCCAAAUAAAACACGGCGGUCAAAGGCCUGUUUACACGUUGCUGAUAACGAUGGUAAAAUAAGUUUCAAAACGCACUGUUGAAUCGCGUUUGCCAGGUGCUAGAAAACGUGAAAUGAACGGCAUGUUUUCCUGGUGUUACCGCCGGUGAAUGUUGAGUUUUCCCGGGAGUUUUCCUUGUGUUACCCGAAGUCGAAAAGGAUUCAGGAACGUGAUAUUUCCACGACAUUAACCGUUUGGUAAAAUUUCUGGUUAACGAGAGAAAACGAGCUGUUCAACCCCGUUUUCCAUGUGCUGGAUAAUGUGACAUGAACAGCAUAUUUUUCCUCUGUUAAGUGAUGGUGAAUGCCAAGUUGUCCUUGUCUUUUCCGAAGAGGAAAAACGAGUCACGAACGCGAUAUUUUCCUUACAUUAACCGUUUGGUAAAAUGUCCGCUUAACGAGAGAAAACGCACUGUUCAACCACGUUUUCCGUGUGCUGGAAAACGUGAAGUAAACAGCAUAUUUUCCUGGUGUUAACGGAUUGUGAACGCUGAGUUUUCCUUGCGAAUUCCGAAAUGAGAAAACGGAUCGUGAGCGUGGCAUUUUCGAUACAUUAACCGUUUGGUAAAAUCACCAGGAAAUAGGAGAUUUUUUCCCGUGGUCGUUCCCAUGCGAAAACACAUUUCAGAUAUGGGUUUCACUAGGACGAAACUCCUUUUCCUACUUGGACCUCACUAGAAUUUACAAAAACAAACUCAAAAUCAGUUUUAGGGCUCAGUAUUUUCUACGAAGUCCUCAAAACAAAAUUAAACAAAUGGAAAUCAAACAACCACUCCAUUUAUCUUGAUGAGAAGUGUCAAUUAAGAAGCCAUACUAUGUUUGUAUAGUCUAAAAAGUCUUCAUUUUUUUCUGGAACUUCACCAAACAGCUUCUCUUGAUAAAUUUUGCAUAAAAAAAGUAGUGUCCCCAUAUAGUACUUUCGUGCUAAAUACAUUGACGCUCAAAUAAAGUGCAUUUUUCUGUUUUGUUUUCACCAUGCAAAUAAUAUAAAAACGUGACAGAUAGUCUCAUUGUUUUCUAACCCUAAAAGACAAUAGGCCUCAGUCAGUCUGCAGUCUGCAUUAACGAGGCUGAGUAUCAUCAGAAGAAUUAUGGAGAUCGAGGACGGUGUUAUCCGCCGAGUACGGCCUCGGCGGAAAACAUCCUUCGAGAUCUCCAUAAUUUUUCAGAUGAUACGAAAGCUGAAUUCAAUAAUUGUUUUAUUAUUCAUUCAAAACAAUUCCUAGUUCAAAAACAAACUCAACAAUGCUUAAUAAUUGUUUUAUUAUUCAUUCAAAACAAUUCCUAGUUCAAAAACAAACUCAACAAUGCUUACCUCAGUCGAUGUUAAGUUUAUCUCAGUAGGGCAUGUUUAUCGGGAAGUUUAGAGGAUAAAGGGUUGGUUGUACAGGUCUGCAAAUAUACUCCAAAUAGCAGAUCUCGUACGUCGAGUUGUCUUCUUGCUAUUCUUGUUAUGUUUUUAGACAAAAGGUGCCCGUAAAAGGAGUAAAAUUCAUGCUCUGCCAAAUUGUACUCACUACCAAAACAACUCAAACUCGUCCCAGGUCUUCUUGGUUAACGGUUCAAUAUAUCUGUUAAUUUCAGUGCUGCACGAUUGACGUCAUCAGUUCAAUAUCGCCAUGUUCUUCCAAAUUUGGUCGACAUUAGCUGGUUAUGAUGAAUUAUGCGUGCGAUUUUUGCCAAACAGAAACGGCGAAAUAUUUUGAAUGAAUAAUAAUAUAAAAUGUUGAAUCAUUACCAGCAGGAGCCGAUUACUUAUCGGCUCCUGUUACCAGUAAAGGGCCUGUGUCACGGUUACAUGGAGGUGGGGGACCCCAGGUAGGUGAGGUAACCCGCUUAGGUGGGGAAAAAAAAUAACCCUCCUUUACAUGCAAUCUUACAACCACGUCACCCCGGGGUGCACUUUCUCAAGAUUAUUGAAUGGUCGCUAAGCACGUAAAUAAGAAAUUUGCAGGAAACCCGGUGUUUUGGCGAUUAAUACUCUCCUACACUCACUUGCUGCUCUUGCUGCAACCUUCAGUGCUGUGGCUUUCUAUUGCUACCUUUAAUAAUGAUGCAAAGCCACCGUCAAAGUCAACAUUGCGCGAAUUUGAUGUAUCACGAAUCGGACCCCGGCUAGGCGGGUUACACCACCUUGAACGUUUACAUGGCAAAAUUGACCCCGGCUGAAAGGGCUACCCGGUCUGGCAGACCGGGCUACCCGCCUUGGCGGGCACCCCACCUAUCACGUAAACGUGAUCAAAUCAAAAUGAGAGAUUAUAUGGACAGGCGGGUUACCUCACCUACCUGGGGUCCCCCAUCUCCAUGUAAACAGGCCCUAAUUCAUUAUGUUUCUAACGUCUCUAACGCCAUCUACGCGUCCUUAUUCGCUAUGAAACUCGAGAAAUUACCUGUGAAUGACAAUGAAAAUGAAAAUGCUUCGUGUUAAACAAAAUAUUAUGUAGCCCAAACGUCAUAUCAAUCGUUGCAAACAACGAAACUGAACUUUGAAAACCUGUUAGGUGCACAAGUUUUCAAAAACCACAAUUGCAAUCCGUUUCAAUUUUCUUCAAGGUUGUCCAAUCCAGCAUCCCUUUCUGUGAUUUGCUGUGCUAUUUAUUCUUUCUUCUAACUUUUUUGAGCGAUUAUUUCAAUGUUUCUCUUGAUUUGGUGGAAGUUCCCACUGUUUGAAUUUUGAUUAAUUUUGUGACUCAAUCACUUUAAAAUUUCACCUUUUCAUUAUAAAACAAAACUCAACGAUAUAAAAGAAACUUGACGUUUAGGAAAUGCGAAUGUGAACUGGGGGAAUACAUACCGCCUCCCCUUUCUGUGUACAACAGAAACAAAGUUACGAGUGUUCCAAUUCAUGUUCCUCCACAGACGAAUAGCAACAAACGACUUCCUCUUUAAAAUCGGCCUAAAACAAGCAGACUCCUGUUCUUUCUGCGGGGAAUUUACUGAAACCCUUGCCCACUUGUUCUGGUAUUGCAGUUACACUCAGAAAUUCUGGAAAGACAUUUAUCAAUGGAUAACUCAAAACACCACCUUAAACAAAUCCAUUGCCUUCUCUCCUCUUAUCUGUCUUGGACUAAUUGAUAAUAUCUCUGAUUUAUUACUACAUCAUCUUUUCCUUAUCGCCAAACGAUAUAUUUACACAUGUAAGUUAAAUAACUGCAACCCUGCGCUACAGGUUUAUGUAUACAAACCGUUAUGAACUCCAUGGAAAUUGAAAAAGAGAUUGCCUCUAAUAAAAACAAUAAAUCCUCCUUCAAAAACAAAUGGAGCCCUCUUAAACUUUGCCCCUCGGACAAACAAACUUGCUGCUAUUAAAUAAUUCCAAAAGUUCCAAAAGUUAAAAGUGAUGCAGAAACAAAUGCAAAUGCAAAUCACCUUUUAGUUGGUAGGACAGACUCUUUAUGUUUUUGUUGUAUCGUGUUUUAUUUUGCAAUUUUGCAAACAGUAGUCAGUUUUGUAAAAAAUUUUUUAGGCUUAAUUAGUUGCAAAUGCUGUAACAUUGUAUUUUUCCUUUAUCUCUUGUACGUUGUUGUUAUUUUUUCUCCAUGUAAAUGUAAGUAUUGUCAUUAGAAGUGUUGUAACCAAACAAAUGUUAUUAUUAAAAAAAAAAAAAACUUGACGUUUCGAUAGCUUCGUGUCAUCAUUAUCAAAAGAUAACAAAUUAAUAUGAUUGCGUGCAAAAAGUGCAUGUAAACAUUAAUUAAAUAAACAGUUUUUGACUGUUUAGCACGGUCCUUUUAUCUCGUAAGAAUAACAUCUCGAAAAUCAGACACUCUAGUUUCCCUUUCUUGAGGAUUUUAAGAUGGAAUCCAUCAGGAAAUUGAGUAAUUUUAAUUUUCAGUGGAAAAAAAACCUUGUACAACAAUAGUUUGUAUAAUUAAAGAAUAUUGCAUUCUCUUUUACAUUUUUCAUAGUAAUUAGUUAUCUGUAAUAACACCAAAGAAAAUUUCUUAUGGGAGCCCGAGAAAAUGAAUGUCAAAUUUCACAAAAUAACAUCUUACACAUGAAAUUUUCAGAAUUUUACCUGUAUUUUCACUAUUCUUGUGAAAUUUGACAUUCCUUUUCUCGGACUCUGAUGGGAAAUUUUCUUUGGUAUUAUUACAGAAUUUUUUUGUUUUUAAUCUGUUGCCAGGUUUUUUUCAUUAUUAUUCUUAUAGAUGUUUUACAACAGUUGCAAAAAAAUAAAAUAGAAUGAAGAAAGAAUGGACAAAAAAUAAAAUAAAAGUAAAUACUGAUACAAUGUUAUUACAGAUGACAAAUUACAUCUUUUGAGCCCUUGAAAAAUGAAAAAGAAUGCAAUUUUCUUUAAAUUAUUCUGGUACAAGGUUUUUGUCCACUGAAAAUUAAAAUUUCUCAAUUUCCUGGUGGAUUCCGUCUUAAAGUUUUCACCAGGGUUUAACCGCUUCACUCCGUAACAUUGCAAUGAGAAACUUUUCUAUUUACCCAAUAGAAACAGAAGCAUGUGUCAUUACAAGUCCACUCGCCCUUACCAGUUCUCUCUGGCUUGACUAAUUGAAUUUAAAGACAUCUUAGUAAAAGAAAGAUUGCAACAAUUGCGUUUAGAUCAGUAGGUUGAGGAUGAUCGUCCGGGUGAACGUAGUCCUGAAUAGGACUCGCUCACUGCCGUCAUUGACAGUGCGGUAGUCAUCUUCAGAGUCAGUGUUUAGAGUCAGAGUCAAUCUUUGAAGCCAGUCGUCAGUCUUCUUUGACUCUGAAAAUGACUACCGCACAGGUUGUCGAAACGUCAGUCACAGUCAACAAGAACACUCCUAUUCAGGACUCACCCUACUAAUGAAAUGCCUCCUAGGUUCAAACCUUUCACAAUUGCCUUGGAGUUAAGUCUCAUGGCUAGAUCAUGUUAAGGCAUCGUUUGUAUAAGAAAGGAGCUCUGUAAAAGCGUAAUGUAAAAGAUGACGUACCUUUCAAAUACUCGAAAUAAUUUAUUUUCAGCCCAUUUUUUUCUAGUAUAACAUACAUUAAAUGCAACUCCAGAAUACUGAUAAUUGAUAGUACAAAUUAUUAAGCUACACGAUCUUGACUCAGUCAAACGGCUAGAUCCGUUAUAGUCUGUCGGCCUCCAGCUACAUAUCACCCGGAGCCUACGCAAAUUCAGAGUCACACCAUUGAUCUCGUUAUCACCCGUUCGUGCGUAAGGCCGAGGUUUAGGCCACCACGAACUCUUUGGCGUGCAUUCCUCUCGCUUUCCCGCAAAAAGGUGAAUUUGUUUCCACGCUCGACCAUACACAGCCCAAAAUGGACCUGUUCAUUACAUGAGAUCUCAAACAAAGGUCUAAAUUUUACUCGAAGUUGAAAUAGUGGAAGAAGAGCAAAUUCAGAAAAUAACGCACUUCUUUUCCAAUAAGUUAAACUUUAUUUUAUAAUAGAGUAGUAAGAGCAAAUUACAAUUAAAAACGGAUUAAAUAAGUAAGCUUCUGGAGCUGGCUUUAUUACACUGUAAAAGACGACACUAAACAGUAAGCAAAGAGCGAUUUCUGCCCGGGAAGGUUACUCGCUAUGAUGGCCGGCGCCUAUACGGGGAGGCUCCGCCCGAAACGGUUAUAUUUUUCUGGUUUCAGGAACAUGAAAAGGUAGAAAAUUCAUGAAUUAAGGUAUAUGAAAUGGCAGGGAAACCUUUCAUGUAGGUAUUAAGGGAAGCCUUUGAUUAAAAUAUUUCGAACUUUGCACCUUGUGGCCAUAUCAUUAGAAUUCAUUAAACUAUUGUAGUUAGGCAUAUGACAUAUGAGCACAGUUCUUUCAUUGGAAGGCUUACAAACUAAGUACCUUAUUCGGCUAGGGCCGAGUUGUUCAAAGCUGGGUUAAGGUAAUCCAGGGUUAGUGCAAAAAUUUGAAAUCAGAUUUGAAAGCUUAAAAAGCAUAUUCACUUAAAUUCUUUUUAUCUACAAUAUGAUGAUUGGAUGAUCUUAAAAGAAUAGAGAAAGUUCUCCGAGAAAAUGCUUCUGAAAAAAAGGAAAUGAAAGCCGGAUUAAAAUUUAACCUCGGGUUAGCGCUAAUCGGCCUCCGAACAACUGGGCCCUGGGCUGAGUUGUUCAAAGCUGGGUUAAGAUAACCCAGGGUUAAAAAGAAAUUUGAAUUCAGAUAUGAAAGCUUAAAAAGCAAAUUGAGUUUAAUUCUUUUUGUAAACAAUUUAAUGAUUGGCUACUCUAAAAAGAAUAGAGAAAAUUGUCGGAGAAAAAUGCUUUGAUGAAAAGAAAAAGAGACCCGGGUUGAAAUUUAACCCCGGGUUAGUGCUAAUCAGCCUUCGAACAACUGGGCUCAGAGUUUAGGCUUGGACCACGGCGUGGAGCCCCCUCAAAUAAAACAUUGUUGAUUUUCCCCUUCCCCUCACCCCACCCCGAAGAUUUCUUAACUCCCUUCUGCUAAUUUCAACUUAUAACCUUUUUUUCUCUAUUAUUAUUUGUCAGAAAUAUGGAUAUCAGAGGGUUCCAUUCUUUUACAGUCAGGUAUCCGGAGUAUUGAAGGUACAAAGAAAUACCAAGUCAAACAUCAUACACAUAUAAACCUGUUUUGUGUAUUAUUUUCAUUUGUCAAAAAUAAAGGAUCCGAACCGUUAGGGUGGUUCCAAUUUACAGCCAGGAAUUUAGCAUCAUCGGGUAAACCAGGUUUUUGACUGAUGAGCUGGAAGGGAUUCCAAUCUGGGUCGACCUUCUCGUCCCAUUUGACUUUCCUUUCGAACUUAUUUGCAGGGCUAAUCGUGCAGUCUUUGCCUGGCAUUAGUUUCUGAAACCAAAUUAGUAAAAGGAAUUUGUGGUUAAAUUUUAUUGUAGUCUACAAAGUGCUUCCUUCUUUCAAAUUAAGAUAUCGACAGCAAUUAAUAAAGUUGAUUGCUAUAAUUAUCAUCAUUCUCUUUAUUAUUAUCAUCAUCAUCACUCUCCAUGAGGUUCCAUUUAGUUUUCUCCAACGAAUACUCCACUUUCUUAGACAUUAUGAAUGACAAAAGAAAAAGUAAACUAAUAAAUAUAGCUAUUAGAGCAACCCAUUAGUACAUCUUUGAAGUUUGAAAUAGGAAUUGGUAUAGUCUUAAUUACCUAUACGUAGCGAGAUUUACUUUUAUACAUUCAAAAAGACAAAUAAAGUUUCCAUCAUUAUUACUACCAUUCAUGAUCACUUACCUGGAAAACUACUUGAUUAGGUGAGAUGACUUUCAAAGCAAAGUUCGAUCCAUUGUAUUUUAUUUGAAAACAAACCACAAGAGGAGUCCCUUUGCCCACUAUCAGGCGGGCGAGUUCUGCAAAAACAAAAAGAAAGAAAGCUUAAAAUUGGAUGAUUUUUUCAUUGUCUUUUCCAGGAAUUUAAAAACCUGAAAAUUCUUGUUGUGGUCAGUCAUUUCCUUUUUUUGUUUUGAAGCCAAAUAGUAAUGAGUAAAGAGACAGGGUUCUUGAAAUUGCAUGUACAUGUAACGAAGGUUAGUUUUGCCGAAACGGAAUAUUGCGAAAAUAAAUUAUACCCAUCGAUAACUUUUCCGAUCAGCCUUACCUUCCAUUAAAAGUACAUAAUUUUUACAUUAAUCAGAAGCUACUUGCGGGAAUGAAAUGAGACAGUCACCUAAAAUUACAUCAGUUUGCUGAACAAAUACUCUGAGUAUUUUCUCUAGGAAGCUUUCAUUUUUGCCACAUCUCCGGAAAUUAAAUGAAAUGCGUACGAUAUAUUUCUUGCUGAUCCUUAUAGAUUUCAAUACCCAUUUGUUAUCUAUGGUGUGUAGUUUUUGCCUCUGGCCCGUUGCGAUGCUAUACAUGUACCUGAUAACUGAAGCAGGGUUAUGGACAACCCCAAUAUUUUUUAGCCUAGUUUAUGGUAAUGUGCAUAAUGUUUUUAGUUGAGAAAUUUUAUAGAAUAUCAAGAACUUGAUAAGAUGAUUAGGAUAUAACUCCAAGCCUAUCAGUUCUGUAAUGUUACCCUCUCUCGCUUUCUUCCUAACUUCCAAGAGUAAAUUAGAAUUGAUGAUGAGUACCAAAAGAGUUGGUCAGUGUUGAUAUCAGUCUCUUUAAACAUGAUAGAACACAACUGUUGUCUAAUUUUAGCUCCUAACUUUUGUGGUGAACUAACCAAACCUAAUAAUAACUAUUCCACAAAAAUGGAUACAUCUACAUCAUGUAGCCCAACUUGAUCAACCUGUUUAAUAAACUUGCAGUUUCGUAUUUUAUCACUGCUGGUGAUCAGGAUAAAACACUCCAUUUACUUUUAAAAUAAUGGUAACAGGUCUAGAAUUCGCUGUCUCACUUACUGGUGUUAGGUGAAUUGUAAUGUCCGUUGCCAGACGCCAUACACGUGGUCUGAUUCUGAUUACAACUGUGAAUUCUGACGCGGUUGCCGCUCGUAUGUGGCGGAGUGGUCGGUUUCCCAGGUGACUCAAGGUGCCAACGAUAAUCUUUCGUUAAGCUGAGUUUACUGCUAACGGCCACAACAAGGAUCUAAUAUAGAAGAAAAUAAAUCCUCAAACUUAUCAAUGGAUGUAAAUAGGACAUCUCUACCAUGAAGAAAUACUUCAGAAUAAAUAAACCUAAGACAUGGGGAUCUUGAUAACCUAAAAGAAGUGGGAAAUUUAACUUUGAAAUUUCUCUAAGAUUGUUUUGGUUUCUUCAUUUUCUCAGUUUUGUGUUAGAGAAAAAUUCAGGUACAAGCGUCGGACCGGAUCAACUCCGAAUGCAAGUCAGCUGGUCUGGCUUGGGUCAAAUCGAAUCAACCAGUUCAACAGGUUAAGAAGUAAAAAUCCAGAUGGUACAGAUGUAUUUUUUUUUUUUUUUUUUUUUUUUUUUUUUGACAGAUGUAUACUAAUACUGUCUUUCUUAUUCCACAAACCAACGCAAAACCUUAAACGACGCCGUCUAAAGUCCUUUAAAAACCAUCGAUGUUCUUCCUUUCUGUACCUUAUAAGAUUUUAAGAAGCGAUCCACCUAACGGUGAAGGUGGUGGGAUUGCAGUGUUUGUCAAAGGAUCUCUCUCCAUAAUUCGGAGGGUUGAUAUGGAACAACUGUUUCCUGGAGAAUGCAUUUUGCUCGAGAUUCUUCUGCCCAAAGCUAAGGGUAUAUUGUUUGGAACCUUCUAUCGACCCCCCUCUCAGACAGACUUUAUGAAUCCGUUUAGGGAUGUACUUGAGUCAGCUAGUGCCAAAAACAAGGAACUCGUUGUGACGGGUGAUUUUAAUUGUGAUUUUUUAGUGAAAUCAUGUUCGAAGGAAACUAAAUAACUAAAGGAAAUUUUCAGGAAUUUUGGUCUAACGCAGCUGAUUGACAAAUCCACAAGAAGUACCGAAGAAAGCUCCACUUUGCUAGAUUUGUUUGCUUCCAACUCUCCUGGAAAUAUAACAUUCACUAAUGUUGUUGCAUCUAGCCUUAGUGGUCACGACAUGUUGAUCGCAGUGAGGAAAAUUAAUGCAUGCAAACUACCAACAAGCACAAUUGAAUGGAGGAAUUAUGCAAAGUACAAUCCUUCAGCUUUCUGUGAUGAUCUAAGAGAUAUCCCAUGGGAUGAUGUUCUGAAAGAAAGAAAUGUAAACACUGCCUGGAGUAACUGGAAAGAGCUGUUUUUGAAUGUUUGUGAUCGACACGCGCCUUAUAAGCGAAAGAUAGUGUGA